AGCUAAAAAUGUCUGCAAACCCUUUGUCAAUUCUGCAGCCAGGUACUGGAUUGUUCAAUACCCAUGUGACUUUAUUCGAUGUGAAUAAAGCUAUCAAAGAGCAAAUGAGCACUGAAAGUGAGCUCACGGCGGAGAGUAAAAUGGAAGUUAUUGGUGAUGGGAAUGGCUUCUCCUCACGCGUUCUUCUAAUCAGCUGCAACUGGACCAUUCCCUCCGCUCAUCUUCCCAAGAAGCUUAUUCUGAAAAUUGUUUCAUUUGUUCAUAUUCAAGCUUUAAUAGAUAAGGGAAAGCAGCAAAAUGCAAGCUUGAUCACCAAAGAGGUCGAGGAACAAAUGUACGCGUAUUUCGAGAGCUCUUGUAAGAAAAUGCACAAUCAGGAGAUGAAUUUUUAUGAGGUUGCUGGAAAGUUCAACUCGAAAACUUUACUCAUUCCAAAAGUAUAUUUUUACACAAAACUCGAUGAAAAAAAUUCAAAUAAGGGAUUUAUCGGAAUGGAAUAUGUGGAAGGAUCUAUAGUUCGCCAUAGCUACGAUACCUGCACAAUUGAAGAAAUUCAGCCAAUUCUUCGAGCUAUCGCUAAGCUUCAAGCUUUAAGUCUUCAAAACCCCGCUGAAAUUUCAAAGGAUCUGCAGAAAAUCGAUAAUGGGGCAAUUUUCCAGGAGACGUUGAAAAUGAUGCUGUCUGAAAGCGGAAUUAAGGGAAUUUUUGAGCAGUGUAGAAAUCUGGAACGAUCAAGAUUUGGAGAAAAAGUGGAUCGGAUUGAGGAGAAGCGGAAUGAGAUUUUGGAUUUUGAGAAGGCAUUCAAUUUGAAUAAGGUUGUGGGAAUUAAACAAAACGUGUUGUGUCACGGAGAUUUAUGGGCUGCCAACUUUCUGUGGACCGAAAAUAAUGGAGUUUUCUGUGCCACCAGAAUUGUGGACUAUCAGAUGUCCCAUCUAGGAAAUCCAGCAGAAGACCUGGUGCGUCUCCUGGUCUCAACAAUUACCGGAGCCGAUCGUCAAGCCCAUUGGCAGCAGAUUUUGGAGCAAUUUUAUUCGUAUUUUUUGAAUGAACUUGGCUCGGGUGAAGCUCCGUACACUUUGGAGCAGCUGAAGCUCUCUUUCAAGCUCUAUUUUCCAGUUGGAGCAUUGGCUCUUCUUCCAUUGUUUGGGCCGGCUGUGGACGCGAAAUUGGAGGGGAUGGAUUCUGAAAAAGCUGAAAAAUGUCGUCACGUAGUUAUUGAAAAAGUUGCAUGUCUACUGGAUGACCUGGAAAAGUACCAUAAAUUUUCCAAAAGAUAUUUUCAAGAAAAAUAGUUUCGUCUAUUUUUUUCGAAAAUAUUUUGUUGCGAACUGCAAAUAAAAUCUGUGAAAUAAAUAAUUUAUUUA